UCAGUUUUGACCGUUUUGACAACGACAGCAAAAUACGGAAAACCAUUUUUGUGCUUAACUUGAAUAACCGGUAAACCGCUUUAAAUUCGUCUUUUAUGUUCUUCCAGAGGAAACAUUAGCCUGAAAUUUUAUAUCAUUAAAAAAAACAGAUAAAAAUAUACGGUAUAGGCGUUAAUAUAAUUACAAUGGAUCAAAUAAACGCCAAAGAAAUGGAAAAAAUUGUAAGAGAAGCUGGCAUGUACGAAGAAAACAUGUCCAGGGAAGAAAUUCUUACAUUUUACGAAGCCAUAACAAAUUCGAAAACCACCGCUACAACAGAGGACGAGUCCAGAGAGUUUAAUCAAAGCCAAAUCGAGGAAUUCGAAGAAAUAGCACCGAGUGAGGAUGAGGACAAUUCAAUAAGGAAUAGUAUUAAGGAUGAUGAAAGUAACGAUGUCGAGCUCGAGAUAUUGGAUGCCUGUAAAGCAAACAUUACUUUCAAUGAUAUGCAAAGUAUGCCGAAAGAAAAAUACUUACCAGUUCCUUAUCAUACUUUGAAAUACGUAAAUAUACAAAAUAGUAAACAGUUUCUGGAAGCAGACACUAACAUAAAAGCAAAAAUGCUUUACAGCUAUCAUACAAAAACAGAAAAAUUAAGAUCGGAUUUAUCAAAACAGUCGUUUUUCACUGUACCUUUACCCAAACCCAUCAUCAUAAGAGACAUGCAAAUCUCUCAAGCGCCCUUUGAUUCAGAUGAUGUAUAUACUUACAUAAGUAGAUCUGGACGUCAAACCAAGAGGAAGCUGUAUAAUGAAGAUGAGGACAGUAAUCCAGGUACGCUUACCACUAAGAAACAAAAAAAUGUUGAAAUUGAGUGGACUUCAAAAUUGAAACCUUUAUUAAAAGGAUCAGCAUCCAAAGGAUAUGAUGUUCUACCAGAGGCCACCAAAACACACAAUUCAAAUAAUAGUCAAAUCAUGGCCACUACUCCAAAAAGUACCGCAAACAGAACGAAGAAAUUCACAAAUACGGAAAUAAUGGAGAAGUCUAAAUUGUUUGAGGACUUGCCUCCUAAAGUUGGUACACCGACGAGCACAAAAGCGACAGAAAUUUUUUUGAAAACUAUUCCAAAAUCCAAAAGACUUACAAGAUCAGAAGAGAUGUUUGAAAAAAUGGUCAGAGAUACUGAAAAAAAUCAGCAAGAAAAAAACGCUUUGGAGGCUUUUGAAGAAAGUCUUGAAGUCUCUGAUGAGGAAACCUUUAAAAAGAAUGAACCAGAAGGCGAAGAUGUUAUUAAUAUUAUGGAUGAUGAACCAGCGAGAAGAAGAAUCGUCCCGCCUAUUCCACCUUUGAAGAGAAGAACUAUACAUAGUACUAGUAACAGUACUGGUCCGUUAAACGAAACCGCAGAAUCUAGUAAGAAGGAUAAUUGUUUAUCCAAGAAAAAGAGAAAGCCUAAAAACGAAUCUUCUAAACCUAGUGGAUAUGCGGAUUCUAAAAAUAAUGAUGAUGAAUCUGAUGUAUCUUGCCCAAUGUGUAACAAUAAUUUUCCAAUGAACAAGAUUCAGGCGCAUGCCGCCACCUGUGGAGAGGAAGAAACCGUCUCGAAAUAUCAAACUCGGCGAAACUUGUUGUGCAACAUUUGCGAUAAGGUGUUUGUAUCUAAUUACGAGGAGCACGUAAAGAGCUGCAUAAGUCGCUAUCAGGAUAAAAUCUAAUAUUUUUUUUUACUUAUACUUGUUUUUGUUAAAUAAUAUACUUUAUGAACAUAUUGAUAUGUAAUUAUUGUUAAAUUUGUAUAUUU